CGCAGAUGCGGAGACGCAGGCGCACUCGGGGCCCCGCGUCCGCCCGGGCCGGGGUUGACGUUUCCCAGUGGAGGCGGGGACAGACAGCCUUGCAGAUGGCCCCGCUCCCGGGGGCAGAGCUGGUCCAGACGCCUCUGCAGCUCUACAGAUACCUGCUGCGCUGUUGCCGACAGCUGCCCACCAAGGGCAUCCAGGAGCAUUACAGACACGCUGUCAGGCAGAGUUUCCGGGUUCAUUCAGAUGAAGACAAUCCUGAGAGAAUCCAGCAGAUUAUUAAAAGAGCCAUUGAAGAUGCUGACUGGAUCAUGAACAAAUAUAAAAAGCAAAACUGAGACUCAAAGAGUGAAGCCGCUCUGAAGACCCUGAAGGUGAGAGGCCUCCCUGGAAGGAACCAGCAGCAGCUCUGGACUCUCAUUGUCCUGCUGGUGGGGAGCAGGACCCCGGGUGUGGGAGCAGCUGACGUUUGCUCCAAUGGCUCUUCUCAGGCUGCUUGUGUCCCUGGUGACCUUUAUGUUUGCUUUUCCAGGCGGUUAUGAUGUGAGAUUUGGGGAGAAUGUGUUUUUUCACUUUUCUCUGAAAGUGAUUCAUUUAUUCUGGACGUUAUUCUUUGAGACCCGAGUGGGCGUCCCCUCAGAUGGCGGCCUGUAUGGAGAACAGGGCAUGGGUGUCAGAACCAGACAGAUCUGGAUUUGAAUCCCAGCUCAGCGGCUUUUCAAGGGCGUUGACUUUGAGCUUGGUUUCCUCUCUUGUGAGAAUUAAAUAAGAUGAAGUCAAAGAGCCUAACGCAGGACAUGGUACCUGGUGGUGCCGGUAGAUGACUCUCUGAGGAAGCCGCCCUCCCCGCUCCCUCCUCUGCUCCCACAGGGCUCCGCGUAUCUCUCUCUAGCCCAUGGCACCUUGGUUCGUUUGCUUGUGGACUUGUCUUGUCCCUACUCAUCGCCACUGUCCCCUUCCCCCAGGCCCCUGAGCCUUCACAGUUGCACUGCGCCCAGCAGUCUGCCAAGCACCUGUGCUUCCCGCCCAGAGAAGCAGAUGCCCUGGUCUUUGCCUUCAUGGGUCUCUGCCGUCACAGAGUCCCGGAGUCCUGAGUGGUGAAAUGCAGCCUGCAUGAAACAAGGAGGAAUGCCGAGCACCUCCAGUAGUGCUCACGUGUUUAGGCUUCUGUGAACCUGCCAUCUGUCUUGACUGUCCCUUCCCUCCUUUGCCACCAUCUCAGAAGGAGGGGAGGAGGGAAGCCAGCAAGCAGUCCUGUGGAUUUUCAUGAGCCUGAAAUUGGUGGAGAAAGACAGACCCAGCUCGCAUCGCAAUUCUGCUUGGAUUAUGGUUGGGUAACUUACCUCGCCUCUUUCAGCCUCACUUUCCCCAUCUGUCCAAUGGGGUAAUGGCCGUACCUACCUCGAGAGCUGUGGUGAGGAAUAAUGAGGUCUAAUGCAUGCCAAGUGUCACCCAGAGCCUGGCAUGGGGAGCUGGCUGCAUGGGGAGCUGGCUGCACGGCCAGCCCGUGGUUACCAGCUACAACUAUUAGGGAGCCCUGCUUUGCAAGUGGGAGAUGGAAGCUCGGAGAGGUUGAGCCUCUUUUCAGGGUCACAAAGCUGCUAAGCCAGGUCUGUCUGAAUCUACCAAACAGCACAGAUUUGGGAGGGAAAGGAGAGCAUCAGGGAAA